AUGUAUCUACCUCGCCACAUCCUCACCAGAUUAUCCCCGCACCGCCGCUACUUUUCCCACUCCGCCGCCGCCAUUCUCCACCCGCCGGAGCCAGAGCCGCUCACAUACCUCGAAGGUUUUCCUCGCCCGGAUCCCAAACACGACGAGACAAUCCUCGCCGUCAUCCGCGCGGACUCCGGCACGAACAUUUCGGCGAAGGAGCGACGCGUUGGGCGCGUGCCGAGCAUCGUCUUCGAGCAGGAGGACGGCCAGCACGGCGGCAACAAACGCCUCAUCUCCGUCCGCACCGAUCAGAUCAGAAAACUCGUUAAUCACCUCGGUAAAUCUUUCUUCCUCUCUCGUCUCUUCCACCUCGAAGUCCGCACGCAGUUCGACUCCGACGACGUCGUUGAGAGAAUUCGCGUCUUGCCUCGCCAGAUUCAUUUGAAAGCUGGUACAGACGCGCCGUUGAAUGUGACCUUUAUUAGGGCUCCUUCGCACGCUUUGUUGAAAGUUGAUGUUCCUCUUGUCUACAGAGGUGAUGAUGUAUCUCCUGGACUCAAGAAAGGUGCUGCUUUGAACACCAUCAAAAGGACGGUUAAGUUCUUAUGCCCUGCUGACAUUAUUCCCCCAUAUAUUGACGUGGAUUUAAGUGAGUUGGAUGUGGGCCAGAAGUUGGUAAUGGGAGACCUCAAAGUUCACCCAGCUUUAAAACUUCUUCAGUCAAAAGAUGAAGCUGUUUGUAAAAUUAUGGGCCAAAGAGUUUCUGAAAUACAAAGGAAAUCUAAAUAA